UGCAGCCUCUCUCCAUCUUCCACCCUCGUUUUGAUUUGGUCGUUUUUGCGUUUUCGUUCUUUGAGUACUUGACGAUGGAGGCGCUCGACGGGCCAGCCCCGAAAAGACGCAAGAUUGAAUCGAAUCUCGUCCGGCCCUCUAUCUGCCCCGCCGCGCCGUUUUCUGAGUACAUCGUAGUCGCCCAAGCGCGCCUGAGAGCCUCGAAGGCCGACCCUGACCUCUUCACUGAGACUACCGACGAUCCUUCUCUCGAGGUUACUGUGCUGGAGGUGACGAAGUCGCAGAGAUGCUAUGACAUCCGAUUCUCGGUCGGGCGAAGCAGGAGCAGCAAGCACAUCCUGACCGACAGUCUGUCACCCAGUGAUCUGCAGAUCCUACAAGAUGCUCAAAAGUUGGAUUCAGCGGUGAGAUACAAACACCCUGCAGCGCUGCCCCUCGCCUGUGCGUAUGCCGUGGUGCAGCGGACGGGUCACGAGGUCAGCAUACAACUCUGCAUUUUAUGGGAAAAUACCGCCAAAGUGCGAGAAAAGGUCGAUCCGAUUCUGCUUGAUAUGCUAGGACGCCAUCUCCCGCCCGUAGAACCCUUCGCGCCUUCAUUUGAAUCCUGGAACCCCCGUCAGUUUUAUGACAAUGUUCACGUUCCUGAGAAGUCGGAUGCGAACUCCGCGGACAUUCGGAUCCCACACCUCGACUCGCAAUUGUACCCCUUUCAGAGACGUGCUGUCCGGUGGCUACUCUCAAGAGAAGGUGUUGGUGUGCAAUCAAAUGGCGCUCUCGAGUCGCUGCCUAUGCCGCCCGAGAGCCGGCUUCCGAGGGGGUUUGAAAAGCUUGAAACAAUGUGUAAUGAAAUCUGCUUUGUCAAUCACGCGCUGGGCGUUGCAACAACAAGUCUAUCUGCGGUCGAGGAGCAUUGGGCAUCGGUCUCAGGUGGGAUACUGGCAGAUGAGAUGGGUUUGGGAAAGACACUGGAAAUCAUUGCUCUCAUCUGUCUGCAUCCCAGGACAGCCUGGACGCCCAAGAUUUCCGGGUUGAAACCCUGUCCGGCAACCCUGAUCAUCACGCCUCCAUCAAUUCUGGAGCAGUGGAAGGACGAACUUCAAGCACACGCUCCGACGCUAAGUGUUUUCCAUUAUCAGGGAGUAAGCAGCUACAAGAAAUCUGGAGAGAAGCUCAUCGAACAACUUCUCAGCCAGGACGUGGUACUGACGACGUACAAUGUCAUAGCAAAGGAAGUCCACUACGUGGCUGAGAAGCCAGAUCGAAACCUGCGCAACAAACGUGAGGAAGCGCCGAAAAGCCCGUUGACUCAGCUUUCAUGGUGGCGUGUCUGCCUGGACGAGGCUCAGAUGGUGGAAAGUGGUGUAUCUUCGGCAGCUACGGUGGCUCGCCUUAUCCCGCGUCACAACGCGUGGGCAGUCACGGGCACUCCUCUUCGGAAGGGGCAUCGAGACUUGUUCGGCCUCUUGCUCUUCCUCCGCUAUGAGCCGUGGUGUCGGUCACCUCGGUUGUGGGACUAUCUUAUUAGUUACCACCGCCCUUUGUUUCGAGCCAUGCUGGGAGAGAUUGCCAUGAGACAUUCGAAGGAAUUCGUCCGCGAAGACCUGCGACUGCCCCCACAAAGCCGACAUACAAUCACAAUCCCUUUCACCGCUAUCGAAGAACAGCAUUAUGCCCAGCUCUUUCAAGAAUUUUGCGAGGAGUGCGACCUCGAUCGGACGGGUGCUCCUUUGGGAGACGACUGGGAUCCAGACUCCCCUACGGUGGUAGAGAAGAUGCGGACUUGGCUUACUCGUCUACGGCAGACGUGCCUUCAUCCUGAAGUUGGCGGUCGGAAUAGGCGUGCUUUGGGUCGAAACACGAAUGGUCCCCUUCGGACGGUCGAGCAAGUGCUGGAUGUGAUGAUUGAUCAACAUGAAAGUCAACUCCGUACCGCACAGCGGAAUCGAUCGAUUGCACAGAUCAGGAGAGGGCAAUUAAAAGAGAAUGCGAAAGACACCGCUGAAGCUCUUCGGAUUUGGAAAGGGGUCUAUGACGAAUCUGUUGACAUUGUAAGGGAGUGUCGAAAACAAUAUGAAGAAGAGCGACAGUCAUCGGAUGCCAAGAAGGAGACGCAAGACGACGAAGAAUCGAAUCCACGGCUGACCACUUUGAGAGCCCGAUUGCGGUCUGCUUUGGAAGUGCAGCACAUCGCCAUUUUCUUCAUGGCCAAUGCGUACUUUCAACUCAAAUCCUCCCAUCCCCCGGAAAGCGAGGAAUAUCAGCAGCUGGAGAAACAGGAGACAGCGGCGUAUGAAGAGGCAAAGUCAAUCCGUGGAGAACUGUUGAGAGAAGCCACAGGCCACGUGAACAAGAUGAUUACCACAGUCAGAACCAAUCUGGCAAGCGGAGUGACGCAAAUACCCCUGAUGACGGAGCCCACGGGGUAUGGCGGGAUUGAAAGCAGGAAGAUCUUUGAGAAACUCCAUUACUACUGCAAGGCGAUGGAUGUUCAAGCCGCGCAAUUCCACGAGCUGCGGCAGAAGAUGGCGGACUUCUUGAGCCAAUCUCUUAUCGACGAGGACGAAGGCGUCGAACUUCAGGGUGAUGAGUACGAGAGUUCGACCAAGCAUCAAGAUGAGAUGUACGCAUACAUGGAGGCGCUCAGAGCUCUGUUUGCGGACCGUUCGGAAGCCAUCAACGGUCAAGAAAACCUGCUCAUUAAACAGGAGAUGAAGCAGUUCCUGCGGAUCGCCAAGGAAGGGGAAGGCCCGGCGCCUGAGUUGAUGCUCCAAUUGCUUGCUGAGCGUGAGGAAAAGCGGGUUAGGGUCAGUAAACUGGGUUGCCUGCGCGGGAUCAUGGCCGAAAUCAGACAGAUGGCGUCGUCGUUGCAGUGGCAAGAAGGAAACAACCAGACGCGUGCGAGUCAGGAACUGGCGAUCCUGGAGCGGAUCCUGAAACAUGUCCAACAACUGAACGCGGCACAGACGAAAGUCCUUAACAGUCUCGAGCAGGAGGUGAAUCACUUUCGCGAUACGAUGAACAGCCGGCUCGAAUAUUACCGCGCGCUUCAGAAGAUCUCUGAUACAGUCGCACCGUACCAGGAAGAGCACGUGGGAAAGCCUCUUUUUGAACCACACUACCAAGAGUUUGAGGAGGAGGAAGCCAGAUUGCAGCAGAAGAUUGCCUCUGGUUCUGCCAAGCUGCGGUAUCUGAUGCACAUGAAGACCGAGUCCAAGUCUGCAGGUCCUAGAAUCUGCGUCAUUUGCACCGACAACUUCGAGGUUGGCGCCAUGACCAAUUGUGGCCAUCUAACGUGCAAGAAAUGUUUGAUGCUGUGGGUUAAUCAACACCACAACUGUCCUGUGUGCAAGACUAGGCUGCUUCUGAACAGCUUCCACGACAUUACCUACAAACCCGCGGAGAUAGCUGUGCAAGCCGAAUCUCCAUCUAGCUUCACCUCGUCGUCGACACCUUCGAGUUCGGACCAUCAGCAUGACCAGUCGAUCUACUCCGAUAUCAGCACGACAAUGCUGAACCAGAUCAAGAACAUUGACAUUCGCGGUCCCAGCUUUGGCAGCAAGAUUGAUUUCCUGUGCCGCCAUCUUCUGUGGCUCCGCGAGCACGACCCGGGCUCAAAAUCCAUCAUCUUCUCGCAAUAUCGCGAAUUCAUCGACGUGCUCUCCCGGGCAUUUGCGGAGUACCAAAUUUCGUCGACCCGCAUUGACGCGAAGAACGGCAUUGAAAAAUUCAAAUCUGAUCCGGCCAUUGAAUGUUUUCUGCUUCAUGCAAAGGCGCACUCCGCGGGCUUGAAUCUGGUCGUUGCAAGCCAUGUCUUUCUCUGUGAACCACUAAUCAACACCGCCAUCGAGCUGCAAGCCAUUGCGCGAGUCCACCGUAUCGGACAGCAUCGGCCGACGACGGUGUGGAUGUAUCUCAUCGCCGACACGGUCGAGGAAUCCAUCUACGACAUCAGUGUGACACGGCGAUUGGCGCACAUGAAAAGCAACAACAGUAGCGGCGGCAGCGGACAAAUAAGUCGGAGCAAGAGCAGGACUGGCGCAUCUUCAGCCUCUCAGUCAGGCACAAACACACCCAACCCGAAUCACACCCUUCAAGAAAGUGCCAUCGACGCCGCGAACUCCAUGGAACUACAAGCCGCAGAUCUCAGUCGGCUACUUGCCUCGGGCAAGUCGGGCGGGGAAAUGGUCGACAAGGAAGAUCUGUGGUCGUGCCUGUUCGGAGGAGUCAGACGACGCGAUGUGGCACUGGACGCCCUGGCCGACAACCAGCCUGCAAACACGGAAGUGGGGAGGUUUUUGAGGGCAGAGGCCGCGGAAAGGAGGGCUGCGACAGGCUGAGGGUCCGAGGCGGAGAGAUGGGGAGGUUGGGGAUACGACUGGUCCGCGGCUUUGAAUACAGAUGCCCAAAGGCGAGGCAACGCAACGCAACGCAAACAGUUGGCGAAGCGUGGUUAUCACAACUACAAUGCCUCUCAAUGUAAGACAAGGGAAGGCAAGGCGUCUUCAUAGAACUGAGAUUCCUUUGACCUAGCAUUGC